CUUUGGUCAAAAAUGCCUGAAGGCAACUCCGUCAAGGUCUGGGUUCCCAUCACCAUCGUUGUUUGCAUCCUAGUUGUGAUGGCAGCGGCAUACUGCAUAUUCCGCGGCUGCGGCGGCGACGACCACGAUGACCGCCGCGAAGUCAUCCGAAUUCCACCCGACGAUCUUUUAGCCAUCUCUCGCACUGCACGGCGCCCAGGACGGGCGCAAAUCCGAACGAGACAGCCACCCAGAUACUUACCGACCGGGCUACCAUGGCAGGAGAUCAUCAUGGCCAGGGAAUUUCCAGUCAGGCCGGAGCCUGUGCAUGUUGUGCGCGAACCAAGACCAGGACGGGGCCGAGGCUUGCGUGCAGAACGAUUUGUGGAGAGGAGAGUAGGCCAUGGUCAUGGUCACGGUCACGGUCAUGGUCACGGUCAUGGUCACGGCCAUAGCCAGGGGCGACGUGAAAGAGUUUGGUUCGGACAUCAGCCCCACUGGGUAGAAGAGAGGAGGCCCAGGAAUGGCGUUGGAGUUGAGCUUAGAGGUAGACAUGGCGGCGCAAAUAUCAUUGAGAGAGAGCCAGUGUACAGGUGA